CAGCCACGCAAGCCCGAGAGGUUGUGUGCGGUGCGUGGUGCGUGGUACGUGCGGCGGCACGUGGCGCGGGUGCGGGGCGUGGCGUGGCGUGGCGGGGUCGCGCGGCGCGGGCGGUCACCCGGAGCUCUGGACGGAGAGCGCCUCCCUCUGGCCUCAGUUUCCUCACGUUGUAGUAGCGGAGCAUGGGCCGGACGGGACCCCUGAGACCGCCCGGUGCAGCCUCACCGCCAGCCUGGGGGCCUCAGCGACCUGGAGGGGACCAAGGGGCUCGGGGAUUCUUCCUGCCCCUGGCCCUGGUGCGUGACUGACCCUCCUGUUCCCAGAGCCCCCAGCGCAGGCCGGGAUGUUCGUCCUGGUGGAGAUGGUGGACACCGUGCGGAUCUCCCCUUGGCAGUUUGAGAGGAAGCUCAACGACUCCAUUGCCGAGGAGCUGAACAAGAAGUUGGCCAACAAGGUCGUGUACAACGUGGGACUCUGCAUUUGUCUGUUUGAUAUCACCAAACUGGAGGAUGCCUAUGUAUUCCCUGGGGAUGGCGCAUCACACACCAAAGUCCAUUUUCGCUACGUGGUGUUUCAUCCAUUCCUAGAUGAGAUUCUGAUUGGGAAGAUCAAAGGCUGCAGCCCGGAAGGAGUGCACGUCUCUCUAGGCUUCUUCGAUGACAUUCUCAUCCCCCCAGAGUCACUGCAGCAGCCAGCCAAGUUCGACGAAGCGGAGCAGGUGUGGGUGUGGGAGUACGAGACGGAGGAAGGAGCGCACGACCUCUACAUGGACACUGGCGAGGAGAUCCGCUUCCGGGUGGUGGACGAGAGCUUUGUUGACACGUCCCCCACAGGGCCCAGCUCAGCAGAUGCCACCGCUUCCAGUGAGGAGCUGCCAAAGAAGGAGGCUCCGUACACGCUUGUGGUGAGUGGCCCUGAUGGUGCUGAAGCCCCCAUGAGGUGCGAGAGCCAGAGUGCAGGGCUGGAAGCUCUGUCCUGGGGGUUCUGCUCUGGGAUCUCCCCCAGCAGGUCAGGGAUCCUGUUGGGGGGAUCUUGGCUGGAGCCUGAGUUUCUGUAGGAUAGGGCUGUGAGGCAGUAAAGGUACAUGGCUGCUGGUGGGGUGAGCGAGUCAGCUUGCAAAGGGGACAGAGCUCACGCUGGACAAGACCACUGAUAAAGAGGCUUUGAGGCCAGGUGCAGUGGCUCACAUCUAUAAUCCCAGCACUUUGGGAGGCCAAAGUGGGAGGAUCGCUUGAGGCCAGGAGUUUGAGACCAGCCUGGCUAAAAAAGUGAGAGGUUGUCUCUAUAAAAAACAGUUAGCAGGGCAUGGUGGCGUGCCCUGUGGUCCCAGCUACUUGGGAGGCUGAGAUGGGAGUAUCCCUUAAGCCCAGGAGUUCAAGGUUGUGCCACUGCAUUACAGCUUGGGCAACAGAAUGAGACGCUGUCUUUAAAAAAUUGGGGGGUAGGGAGGGGUUUGAGGGAGAAAGAAAUCAAGGAAGGGGCUUGGAGAGAUCAAAGCCCUGAGAUUAAGGGUAGGGCAGCUGGGGCGCAGUGGCUCACGCCUGUAAUCCCAGCACUUUGGGAGGCCAAGGCGGGUGGAUCACGAGGUCAGGAGAUCGAGACCAUCCUGGCUAACAUGGUGAAACCCCAUCUCUACUAAAAAUACAAAAAAUUAGCCGGGUGUGGUGGCAGGUGCCUGUAGUCCCAGCUACUUGGGAGGCAGAGCUUGCAGUGAGCCAAGAUCGUGUCACUGCACUCCAGCCCAGGUGAGACUGUGUCUCAAAAAAAAAAAAAAAAAAAAAAAAGGUAGGGCUCCCUGUAGGAGCAGCAUUGCAGCAGUGAAAUAAAAGGGAGAGCUCCAGGGAAGAGUGGCCUUCCAGGCUGUUCCCUGUUGGAUGGGUCUGGAGCAUGGGCCUUGUGUUUGCUCAGCCUUCCUGCCACGAUUAGAACUUAGGUGGCCCUGGAGGGCAGGCCUAAGGGUGAGGAAGGGUCCCUGACCCUGUCAGGGCCUGGGGUCCCUGGAGAGGGGUCUGCGCCCUGCAUGCUGCGUGCCCGUCAGGAGCACUGCUGUGGCUCCAUCUCUCCAGAGCCUCUGGGCUGCCGUGUGCCCCGCCUCCUCUUUGCCUGUGCUGGGCUCCCUUAACCUCCUCUCCAGGUUGGUUCAAGCCAGCAUGUCAGUGAAAUGUGCGUGUUCUUUAUCCCUGGCAGGGAUCCAUCAGUGAGCCAGGCCUGGGCCUUCUCUCCUGGUGGACCAGCAACUAGCCCUGGGGCUGGUCAGUGGAUCCUACCAGCCUGCGGGAAGGUGGUACGGCCGGCUGUGAAGACAACAGCAGCUGAGGCCGAUGCUAAGGAGAUAGUGUCUCGAGCUGGACAGUGAGGCAAGGCCAGGAGUGCCCACCAGCUUGCCCCCCUCCUCCACCAUCUAGGCCCUGCCCCUCCCCCCAGAGCUUCUCAAGUCGCUGCUUUCAGUGACAGCAAAGCCAUUUAAUAAACAAUGGCAGCAUCAGAAGGGAAGGGGCCACCCUUGUCUCAAUGGCCAGUGUUACGAUCUGAGGUCACUGAGUUCCUGUCGCUGGGACAGCAUGGCCUCCCUUAUGGCAGAUGGGUUCCCCCAACCCCGCCCAGGUGCCAGCAUGUGGGGGCUGUGAGCUCUGGGCUGCCCCAGGCUGGGCUCUGGGCUGGCUGAGCCUGGUGGCGCCAUAAAGUGACAUAGGAAGUGAGGCUGGCUUGCCUGGGGUGGGUGCUUUGGGUGCUGGAAGCUGCCAGUCGGAAUUGAGUGGGCAUGAAGGGGAGGCACCUUCCCACCAGCUUGUGGAAAAAGGUGGGGUAGCCCCUGAGCUCGAGGAGAACAGUUCCUGAUCAAAACAGUGGAGGCUCUGGGCUUUGCUGGUACCCCCUACCCAAUUCAAGACACAAGACAGCAGCAAGCCUGGGACCACCUGUCCCUCAGACCUCAGCUAUUGCCACGAGCACCUUGUGGGACUGCUGGUGACACCCCAGCUCUGGGCCCACAGCAUUUCUUCAGCAGCGUGACUUCGCAGGAUUCCUCUUGCCCCUCUGCCGACACCAGGACGCUUGCCUAGCAGUAAGUUUUGCCCUGGUGAUGGGGCCUCCAUGGAACCUGCCUCCUGCCCUGGCCUCUUCGGCUCUCAUAGGACCCCCGAGUGUGGAGGUGCUGGUGGUGUCAGCUGAUGCCACUCCACUUGGGCCAAUUCCCUUUCCAGGUGGCCUCAUCUGCUGUGCCCACCCUCAGUGUUUAGAGGGCUACAUGAGGCCAUGCCUGGCAUAUCAGUGCCCAGGGAAGGUGGAGAGUGAAGGCCUGUCUCUGGGAGACUCCAUCCUGUCCCAGCAGGGAAGCUACAGGAACAUGGGGGGCAGGGCUGCUCUGUAGGUAGAAGUGGGGUGGGGUGGGAGGUGACAGGGAGGUCAUUUCUGCCAGACCUCAGGUCUCCUUCACUGCAGUGAUGGAUCCAUCUGUGGCUGUUGGGCCUCCACUGACGGUGACUGAAAAGACCCUUCCUGGACCCUGGACUUGAUAACAAACGGCACAGACACCAAUCACUCACUUACAGAACAGUCACUGGUUUUGGAUUCUUGUUUUCCUUGCAAGAACAAAAGGUUCUCUAGAAUCCUUCAGCCACCAAUGAAAUGAUCAGGCAGGAGAAAAACUAGAUGGGAGUCUUGUCAUCAAAAAUAAAUACAGUUGCAUGGA